AUGAAGAGGGAGGAGUUGGACGACGGGCACGGCGCUGGUGCUGUUCUCAUCCAGAUCCCACCAGUCUGGGAGGAGCACUUCAGACUCCACCCUGUUCUCCGCCGCCUUCUUCCGCUGCUCCUCGGCGACGGCGACGAGGCUUUUGGUCAGACCCGUGGGCUUCGGCUGCCUGCCCUGCUUAGCAGUCAGCCUUUCACGGAGCCGCCUCCUCUCCUGGUGGCGCCUCUCCCUGGCCUGCCGGCGCUCCUGCUGCCUCGCCGCUUGGAAACGCUGCAGGAAGAGGUCGCGGGCGUACUCGUACAGCUCCACAUCCCAGCGGUUGAGCUGGCGGAUUCUGUGCUGCGUCUCCGGGGGCACCUCCACGCUGGACGCACGCGUACCAUUCAGCUGUGUGAAGGGCGCGAUGAACUCAAGGCUGAAGGUUUGCUCAAAGAGGUACUGGGUCUUCCGCUGGUACUCGGUCAGGCCAAAGAAGGCCAUGCCCCGAAGGUUGCGCUUGGCGCUCUCCAGAAGCACGGCCCAGCGCUCCUCCUCGCUCAUGACAGAGACGUUGUAGCAGCCCACCAGGCUGAGGUCGGCCAACAUGCGGGUCUGGCGGUUACUAGCCAAGUUGAAGGGGCAGUCCAUGAACUCCUGCAGCGAGCAACCCGACCAGUCAUCCCCCGAGUAGCAGCUCGGCAGCUCCGACAGCGUCGGCGAGCGUCCGUCGCACACGUGUAA